UCUCAACUAGGAAAGCUCUGGACCGCCGCUGCCCUCAGUAGGAGGAGGAGAAGAAGCGGGGCUCCGAUUGCAGAGCCCCUUGGGUCUUCGGGGGAGUUCUGGAGGCGACUCCUGUUCGCAUUGCUGGGAAGGGAAGGAGAGGAAGAGGAGGAAGGAAAGGAAGCAGCCCCCUCCUCUUCCCGCUGCCCCCCUUCCUUGGGCUCUCCUGGGCUCCGUCUGGGCGAACCCCGGUCCGUGUGUGUGUGUGUGUGUGUGUGUGUGUGUGUGUGUGUGUGUGGAGGCAGAAGAGCCCUCCUCUCCUUCUCGCCCAGAGGCCGGGCAGAGCCCCUCCUCUGGAGCGCUGACGGUACUAAUAAUGAUGGGUGGCGGUGGCGGCCGAGCCCGCAGUUGAACUUGCGAGGCAGCGUGGAGGGGGCUUCUUGAACGCCAGGAGGAGGAGGAAGAAGAAGACGAGGAGGAGGAGGAGGAGAGCCGGCCCAGAGCCCACUAUUUCCAGCGGACACCGGUCAGGUGUUUCCCCCACUGAGGAAAAGAAGAGAAGAGAAGGGGGCAGGGCGAGGAGGAGGAGAAGGACGACGCGGGCGACCUCCAGCCUCUCUCCCUCUCUCUCUCUCUCUCUCUCUUCGCGCCCCGAGGCCAACUCUGGAUUAAGCCGCGCGCCCUGACGGCGAGGGGCUCCUGCCGCUUCCCGCCCCCUCCCGCCCCUUCCCCGGGGUCUCCUUCGCCGCGGCUUCUGCCUGCCACUGCUUUGGAAGGUCAAGAUGUUAAAAAAUAUCAUAUGGAUGUGCUGGAUCUUAGCAAUAACGUAUGCAUUCCACAAAGGUAAAAUGGAAAAAAGUCCACCGGUGAAGGGCUCACUGGCUGGAGGUGUCAUCCUCCCAUGCUUCUUUUCUACUCCACCUACUUUGCUGCCCAGCUAUCAAAAUACUAGUGAAUUUCUCCGGAUUAAGUGGUCAAAACUUGAACAUGAUAUAGGUGAAAAAGACUUGAGAGAAACCACAGUUUUGGUGGCCCAAAAUGGGAAUAUCAAGAUUGGACAAGGCUACAAAGGGAGAGUGUCAGUUCCAAGUCUUCCGGAAGAUGUUGGGGAUGCCUCAUUGACUAUGGAGAAUUUGCGGGCAAGCGAUACUGGAAUUUACCGAUGUGAUGUCAUGUAUGGAAUUGAAGAUACCCAAGACGUAGUCUCACUGGAUGUUGAUGGUGUAGUGUUUCACUAUCGUGCUUCAACUAGUAGGUACACCCUGAAUUUCCAGCAGGCAGAAGAGGCAUGUUUGGAAAAUGGUGCCGUUAUAGCAAGUCCUGAACAGCUGACAGCUGCAUAUGAAGAUGGAUUUGAGCAGUGUGAUGCUGGUUGGUUGUCUGACCAAAGUGUUAGAUACCCCAUCAUAUAUCCAAGACCUGGCUGCUAUGGGGAUAUGAUGGGAAAGGAGGGAGUCAGGUCCUAUGGAUAUCGUCUUGCCAAUGAAACCUAUGAUGUCUAUUGCUAUGUGGGGAGCUUAAAUGGUGAUCUCUUCCAUAUAACUUCUCCCAACAAGCUAACAUUUGAAGAAGCUGUACAAGGAUGUGAAGAACGAGGUACAGUUCUGGCUACUGCUGGUGACCUGCAUGCUGCCUGGAGGGAAGGCUUUGACCAAUGUGACUAUGGCUGGCUGGCUGAUGGCAGUGUGCGUUACCCUGUUUCUGUGGCAAGAAUCCAAUGUGGUGGAGGUUUACUUGGAGUACGAACCCUUUAUCGCUUUGAGAAUCAAACAGGAUUUCCUGAACCAGACAGCAGAUUUGAUGCCUACUGCUUUAAACGUAAGGAGAAUAUAUCAGAAACUUCAUCUGCUGAACCAGCUAUACUUUUGGAAAGUGGAUCUGCCAAUUUAUUAAAUGAACGAAAGACAAUGCCUUCCAAAACUUCACCUUAUCCCAUCACUUCAGUCACACAAGAAAUGACUAAGCAAGAAGAAAAUGUACCGAAUAUCAUUAGUUUAUCUACUGUUCUACCUCAGACCAUUACAGACCUUUCUGAUUUGUCGGAUGUUACUGAACAAAAUUUUUUGCAAAGUGACCUAGUAGAGGCCACACCUAGACAAGAUGUCUCUGACUUCAGCAAGGAAAGUUCUGAAAGUCAGACUGAACAAAUAGAGGUGGGACCAAUAAGGACUUCAGUAGAUGCUCUAUUAAGAAAGGACUUGAGCAAAAUUGUAGAAACAGAGACUCCUGUUACAUUAACAAAAGAAGAAACAUAUAUUGGUACCCAACCAACAAAAAAAUCAAUGGAAGCAAAAAGUGAUGUAAAAGUCACAACUGUUGUUAUUCCAAGAGAGCUGAUCAAGGAUCAUAUAGAAUCUACAGACAGGGAUGACAAUGGGAUUAUUAUGCCUGACCAUAAACCAGAGGACUCUAGCACCAUUCCAAAACUAGAUGUAGUUAAAGUGUCAAACACAUUCUUAGAGCAAAAUGCUACAGCUACACCAGAUAAAGCAGCAACCUCAUUUGAAAGGAAUAUUUCACCAACUAUAGGAUAUAUAAAGAGCCCUGAAACACCAGUGUUUACAGUAACGGAUGGAACUAAGACAGUACGCACUGACUUGAAAGUCAAAGUAGAACUUACAACAACACCUGCUGAUUUAGAGUUAAGAUUAAUUCCAACUUUGUUACCAGUUGAAAGAACAACAGCUUCUGGAUCUGAAUCAGGCCCUGUGGAACUAACUGUCACAGAAGUGGAUUCUGCCAAAAUUGUAGAUGUAGUAGCACCUACAUCAGGGAUGCAACAAGAGAAAAUGGAAGGAAUACCAGAUCAGAAAUAUGAUUGGAGUUCUGAAGGGAGUACUCCUGGGCAACCAGAAUUAGGAGUUUCUAGUGAAGCAACAAGUAUUUACCCAGUGUUAAAUACUGAAGACACAACAAGCAUAGACCAGGUUGUAUUUAGUGAUGGAUCAUCAAUGGCAACACCUGGUGCAACAUCAAAGAAAGAACCGGGCACUUCCCUGGUUCCUGAGACACCAGAAGAGAAAAUUGCUACUGUAACCAUUCAGACAGGUGGCAAAGGAACACAACCAGAUGUUACAACAGUUUUUGAAGAUGAACCCACUACUAGAGAGCUAGCUGUGGAAAAACUGACCACAGUUCCUGAUUUGACAGCAGUCUCUUCAAAGUUACCCAUAUCACCAGAACAUGAUGUAGCUGAAGGAUCUGCAUAUGAAGAAAAAUAUGCAAAAACUGUGGUCCCAGGUGUGAAAAUUCCAGUUUAUGAAACAGUAACAAAGUCUGAAUUGUCUGCAGAAAAAGAUGCUGCUACCGAACAAAAGCUGGAACUUACUGAUGCCCCUCCCACUAAGCCAAGUACAGAAAGUGAAGAUGAUGCACUCACAGUCAAGUUUAUAGGUCCUUUCCCUACAAAGGCUUCUGUUCCUUCAACUGAUUUGGGGAAAGUAGAAACUCUUACAACUCAUACCUCAGAAGGCUCAGGAACAACAGAGGAGGCUAUAGAAACAGAGCCCAUUUUAUUUCCAUCUUUGGCAACAAGUAAACCAACAGUGGUAAGUGGCAUAGCCACCAGUACCAUUGGUGCAGUUGACAAACACCUACCAACUCUAACAUUGAAACCUUUAAGCACGAAAACACAGCCACCUUUAAUUUACAGGGAACCUGAUGAGGAUACAAGCAUAGACGUUCUAGUAAUUGAUGAAUCUACUCCUCCCAUUAAAACUACUACUGAUGAUGAUUUUACGGGCAAAACAAUAGAACAAGACAUUGAUACAGAGUAUUUUACAUCAUCAAGUGUUACUGGAGAUGAACAACCUACAGGACAACCCACAGAGGUUUUCGAAUCUCAAGAAGAACCUCCUUCUACUUCAGAUGCAGAUGUUGGUUUGGAAAGCCAACCUGACAUAAAAGUGUUUGUUGUUGCAAUUUCAGGCAACGAUACAGAUCCAUUAUAUGGAGUUUGGGAUUUAUUUGGUUACCAAGUUCACCCACAUGAAAUAGAUGAACCCCCUACAGAUGCUGAAUCAACAUCUGAUGAACCCUGUACAGCAACCCCUGAUGAAGAAUCUGCAGAAAUCUUAAUUCUGGACCAUCUCUACCCAGGAAUGUACACUCUUGGGGAGGAAGAUGAUGAUGAUGAUGAUGAUGAUGGAAACUGUGAAAAUACUACUGAUGUCACAACUCCUCCAGCUCUGCAGUUCAUCAAUGGAAAGCAGCAGGUGACUACAGCACCAAAAGAUACAAAAGCUGAAGAAGCAAGGAGUGAUCAAAUUGAAAGUUUAGCACAUUCCAAAAAUGUAACAUUUCCCCACAUCAAUGAAACUAACAUGUCAUCUGAGCAUGAGGUUUUUGCCACACUACAGCUCAAUGAAUCAACUAAAAUAAUGGGAGAACCUGUGGCACUGGUUACCCAAAAGGUAAUAGCAGAAUCUCCCAUACAUGAACUGCCCUUUAGUGGAGAUUCAGAGGUAUCUACUACAGAUAAAAUGCUUCAAGUCACAUAUUUACAGGGUAAAUCUUUAUCGGACCCAACAGAGAAAUCAACACAGUUUGGCACAGAUCUUAAUCAAAUCUUAAGUAAAUACCCUAAUGUUUUCUCUUUACUUAAUGCAGAACAUUCAGAUGAUUUUACUACCAAGCCUGAGUUAAACAGUUAUGAAGUUUAUCACACAGCUAAACCAACAUUAAAAGAAGAAUUUAAAAUAUUUUCUACUACAAUGUCAACUUCAAGUAGGUUACCUCCUUCCACCACUGUAACCAUAGCCAUGGAUGACAACACAUCACCAAAAAAUGAAGCUUCUGUUCUACAAGAUGAUUCGGUAUCAAGAGUUACACUCAAUACAUUUUCUUCUGUUAAGAGUUUAUUGGAACCAACAAAAAGUCCCAGGUCAUUUCAUUCAUUCCCAGUUCAUAUACCACAAGGCUCAGGAGAUGAUCCAGAAGAGAAUUCCGAAGCUACAGCUAUGGUAAUAAAAACAGAAAAGAUUCCUGUUCAGGAAAUUUUCUCAGAUGAUGGAAGACAAAUGCCUACAAAAAGUACCCAUAGUACUUCAUUGUUCAAAGCUACUACCUCUACAUCUGAAAAAAGUUCUGUAGAAAUUAUGACUACCCAGACUAUUGCUGAGUUACUUUUAAGUUCUUCAAAAAAUGCAGGAGAAGUGGGAAAUAAUAAGGAAGAUAGUACAAACACAAUUUCUUCAGCAAUUGCUGGAUCUGAGAAGGUGCCAUUCAGCAAUGAUUUCAAAGAUAAUAUCUGGGUUGUGAGCCAAAAAACCCACAUCAAAACAACAUCAACAACGGAUGCUUCAUUUUUAAAAGUCAAAGAGGACACAGAUAAGAUGCUAUCCAUAACUGAACAAUCUGGGGAUGGAUCUACAGAUGUCUGGGGGGAUCCCACAAGCAUAGUGGUAAGUACUGAUGCCCCAUUUAUAGAACCAGGUUCUGGACAAAUUGAUGUUAUAACUGAAGCUACUACACAAAGUUCAUUCCCAUUGAGGUCUGGAAGCAAUGAUACACAAGUAAAGGAAUUAGACCUUGCAUCACCUUCAGAAUAUGCAAUAGUUAUUGAUCCUACAAUGCAAGUAUUAGGUAAUGAGUCAGAUGGGAAAGCCAUAGAAACUAGAACAGAAGAUCAAAUAUCAACGAGUGCAAUUACUAACCAUCAAGUGUUACAGCAUGACUCAGAUGCAGAGCUUUUGUUGACAUUUACAGAAAAGUCUACUGUGGAAUCAAGUGAAGAAGUGACAACGUCCACAGCAAUGAGAAGAAAAAUGGAUGCAUUUACAACAUCUGGUUUGACAGUAUCCAUGGAGACUUUGACAAACAUUUUUCCUGAUACUGCUGUGGCCCACAGUAGUGGAACUAUAAAAUCUGUAACAGAAUUAAGUGAAAAGUAUAAUAAUGAUAAUAUGAUAAUUUCUACCAAUAGUUCUCCGAUAUUGACAGAUAAUACAGUUCAGCCUGAAAGAGGCUCCAAAUCUGGCAUAACUGAAAUAAAGGAAUCUGUUCAACCAGAAAACACAAAUCAUCUUCCUACAACUAUUUUUGCAGAUGAAAUUAGCCUUGUAGAUAUGGGGUCAGGAGAAGAAUCAAGAGUUGUCGGACAUAGUGUGUUACUAGUCUCUGAUGGUCCCACAGAAAAAAUAACGAAUUCUAAGGUUCCACUGAGUGAACAAGGUUCUGGAGACAUAGAAUAUUUUACAGAUGCUCCUACACAAACAACAGUUUUAUCACAAUUUUUAACAGAAAGACCCAGAGAUCAAACCAUAAAAAGUUGGAGCAGUAAAACAUCAGAGCAUCAAUUUAUUACAGACAUGCCUUCAACAUUAAAUAUAAGUAGUGCCUCUAUGAUCCCCUUAACAAAUACAGGAAUUGCAAGGCAGGUUUAUAAUGUAUCAAGCACAGAAAGGGAAACAUCAGUUGAACUGGAGAGGAAAGACUUUACCACAAACUCACCUGUGGAAUAUGUAAUUAAUUCUGCUGAAGAAGAUUCUGAAAAACCAGCAAAAAUGACACAUACUUCUACAGUGAUCAUACAAGAAUUGUUCACUAAAGGUACAAACACUACAACCGUACAGCCAGGGAGAGCUUCUCCAGUUACAUCAUGGGUAGAAGAAAUAAAAUCUGAUGUCACUUCUGAUACUAAAUCAUAUGACAUAACCCUUGCAGUUAAGCCUCAAACAUUUCAAAGCAAAUCUGUAAGCAUUUCACCAACAUUUGAAUCGAAAGAAAGCCAGUUGGAACAAAGUGUUUAUUCUACUGAAAGUAGCCUUAAGGUUUUCUCUGUACCUAGAGAGGAUAAACCAGUGAGCCAAGUAAUUAGUGACACUCAAUUUUUCACAGAACAAGGUUCGGGAGAUGCCUCUUUUACUGUCCAGUCUACUGCUGUGAAUGCAAAUCCUGAUGUAAUUGCAAACACAUUAAAUAAUUAUAUGCUUCCUUCUCAAAGUUCAGAAGCAAACUUUGCAGAGGAUAUAAUGAAAGAAUUUGACAGGCCUAAGAGUGAACCAAAUAAAGAUUCUGGUAAUGAUAUUAAAUAUCAUAUUAUCACAACAGAGGCAUUUCAUUCAGUAAGUGACAAAAGAAUUCCGACUGCAUCCAGUCUUAAUACCAGGGUGACUAAUGUUGAAGCAUCUACCUUGAAAGAGUUCAUUAGUGAAAAGGAGGAAAGCCAAAAGAAUGCCUCUGAAGAGGAAGAAAAUACAGAAAAAAUACUGGCUGCUACUGAUGGAAUUUCUCAAAGGGAAGCCUCUCUUGUGAUAAAACUUGAACAUACAACCCCUGCUUCAGAAUUGUUUACUGAAACCCCUAUUAAAACACCUAAAGUUAGCUCAAACCCCACAGAACUGAGUAUAACAGAUCAUGAUGGUUCUGGAGAAGGCUCUGGCUGGCUGGAGAAGUUGGAAAAACAUUCUGAAUCACCCACUCAGUUGCCAAAAAGUGAAAUAUCAUUUACUUCUCAUAUCACUCAAAAAAACGGUUCAGAUGUUGUGAACUCAGAUAUAGCUAUGAAUGGAUCAUUGGUAGUAUUAAUAUCAUCACCCAGUCAGAAAGAAGAUAAGGAAACACCACCAACUUCAGAUAGUGACCUUCCAUAUACAUUUGCAGAUGAAACUUCUACAAACAACAUAAAAGACUAUGAAGAACUAAUUCCAAUAGUUGGUAACAAAAGAAAUUAUUCUGAAAAGAUUUCUAGCUUCAUUGAUGUUAUUUCAGAAGGUCAUGGAAUAAUAGCCGAUAAAACAACAAUUAUAGAUGCCGAUAAUUUGAAAUCAAAUAUUGAUGACAUAGGCAGCCAAACAACUGUUGAUUCUGAAACAUAUUCAAUAUAUGAUAUUUAUACUUCACCAACAGAAAUCCAGAAUGCAACACUUGCAGUUACUUUAAACAAUGAUACACCUGCUGUCUCUGGAGAUAGCCAAGGAAGUUCUGUAACCAAUAAGUUCAUCUACAGUGAACCCAUAAUAUCUGAACACGCAGCAAUAUCAGAUUAUAUGGGGUCAGGAGGUAGCCUACCUUUCACAAUAGAAUCCCCAAUCUCUCAAGAACUACCUCAGAUAUCGACUUCAAUUCCAACCAUAUCAUUACUACUCACUUCUACUGUAUCAAUUCCAGCCACUUCUGGUGCAGAUGAAAAGGAGAAGGGAGUUGAAACAAAAGACAAAGAAUCCAAAAGUACAAUAGAAGAUAGUUCUGAAUUACAAACAUUAUCAGACAAUCAAGCAAUAGCUGAUGAAAGUGAAAUUACUCCUGUCAAUAUAACUUCUGAAAUAGAACAUGUAGAUUUGGUAAAGAAAAAACACAUGACUCCAUCACCCACUCUAUUAUACCUACCUCUUAAACCAGAGCACGAUCUGAGCACUCACAAAUCUGAAGAGAAUACUGUUUCUACACAGCUUGUGUCCCAAAGUGAAUCAAACUCUGAAGAAACCACUGAGGAGUCUUAUGAAGAUAUGCAGACUGCAACCAAGGAAUCCAAAGAAAAUGAUCUUGAUGAUUUUUUACUAGUAACAUAUACACCAAAGUUGCCUGUGACUGUUUAUUUACUCAAUGGAGUUUCUGAGCACUCUGAAGAAAUUGUGCCAAGUACUUCAUCAUCAGUUGAUUUUGAUAAGCAUGAUUCAUCAGUGGUACAAACUUUUAGGGAAGCUAGUGCUGAUAUUGCAGCAACUUACAAACCUUCUGUGAAUGAAUUUUCAGUUAAUACAGGGUUUCCAUGGACAUCUUCACCCAAAUGGAAAUUUGAGACCAAACUCACUGAAAACACACCUGUUUUUAAUGAGCAUAUAACAGAAACAACAGAAAAGCCAGGGAAUUCAGAUGAACUGAUUAAUGAAGAAGAAACCAAUGUUUCCAGAGAAUAUCUUUCAAAAGAGGAAAAACCAACCAUGUUUAUAUCUUCAGGCAGUGAAACUGUAGAAAUUAACUCAGAAGAAGGGACUUCUUUUGAGAAGGUGAAGGAGCUACAUCAGCUAGAUGAAAAUAGUGCUGAGGGAGAUCUGCCAUGGAUACACACCACACCAUCUUCAGUACCACAUGAAAGUAAAACAGGUGGAGUCUUUGGUGCUGAUGGGGAAGCGGGACUUUGGCCAAUUUCACCCCCACCAUCUGUGGAUACAAUUGUGGAACCCCAGUCUACUCAGAAGGAGCCAACAUUUUCAUCUAAUGAUGCACCCAAAACUCUUGGCCCUGAAAGCAUACCUGACUAUAACAAGCAGGCAAGAAAUACAGAGGAUAUAAAUGCAAGUGAACUUGUAACUCCACCAUUUUUGCUUUUGGAUGUUACUAAUGGAUCCGAUUUCCUGAUUGGCACAGGUGGGGGAUCAGUAGAAGGCACAGCAGUUCAGAUCCCAGGCCAAGAUCCAUGCAAAAGCAGCCCAUGUCUACAUGGGGGCACUUGCUACCCACGGAAUUCUUUCUACAUCUGCACUUGUAUGCCGGGUUUCAGUGGUGACCAAUGUGAAGUAGAUGUUGAUGAAUGUCAAUCCAGCCCUUGCAGAAAUGGAGCCACAUGCAUUGAUGGAGUCAAUACAUUUACUUGCCUUUGCCUUCCAAGCUAUGUUGGGGCUCUUUGUGAAAAAGACACUGAAACCUGUGAUUAUGGGUGGCACAAAUUCCAAGGGCAGUGCUACAAAUACUUUGCCCAUCGGCGGACAUGGGAUGCAGCUGAGAGAGAAUGCCGCCUCCAGGGAGCCCAUCUGACAAGCAUCCUCUCCCAUGAAGAACAGAUCUUUGUGAACCGCUUAGGACAUGACUACCAGUGGAUUGGCUUGAAUGAUAAGAUGUAUGAAAGUGACUUCCGCUGGACUGAUGGCAGUGUACUGCAAUAUGAAAACUGGAGGCCAAACCAGCCAGACAGUUUCUUUUCUUCUGGAGAAGACUGUGUUGUUAUAAUUUGGCAUGAAAAUGGCCAGUGGAAUGAUGUGCCAUGCAACUAUCAUCUCACCUAUACUUGCAAGAAAGGCACAGUGGCCUGUGGCCAGCCGCCUAUUGUAGAAAAUGCGAAAACUUUUGGGAAGAUGAAGCCUCGUUAUGAAAUUAACUCACUGAUCAGAUACCACUGUAAAGAUGGGUUCAUCCAACGCCAUGUUCCAGUCAUCCGCUGCCAAGGAAAUGGUCGAUGGGAUUUGCCUAAAAUUACCUGCAUGAUUCCAUCUUCAUUCCAAAGGACUUAUUCUAAGAAAUAUUAUUAUAAACAUUCUCCACCAGGAAAGGGAAACUCAUUAAAUUCAUCAAAACAUUUUCAUCGUUGGAUCAGGACAUGGCAGGAUUCAAGGCGCUGAAUGCACUCUGGUGAAAACGAGAUGUUUGCCAUGCUAGCCAAAGUCCUAGCUUACCGUGCCUUUAAAAAAAAUCAAUUAUAAGAGUAUUACCAAGCAUUUUGGAGAAAACGUAAGGACCUCAGUAUUCACAGUACAUGCUAGUGAUUGCUACAGAUGAAAGUUUUGAAAAGCCAUUUCCAGCCUAUCUAGUGCAUUAAUUUCUACAUGAUUUGUGAGGGACCAGUUGAUUCUAUAUCCCAGCAUCCUAUAAUAAUUAAACUCUUCCAUUUAGCACCAAUGAUAAUGUAAAUAAGAUGAUUUAAUGGUGUUUAAGUGUGUGUUGUUUUGAAAGAAAAAAACCUUGUAUAUACAACGAGAUGUCACAUUAAGUUCAGGCUUAUUUAUGGCUAUUUGGCCUCAGAGGUCUUUAAUCAUUUAUUCUAUUUGUCUUGAGAUACAUCACCAAGCUGGGAAUAGUUUUAAGUUGUUGUCUGCUCUCUUUUUUCAUAAACAUGAGAAAAAAUGGCUUUAUCUGUAUGAAGAUGAGCAACAAAAGGAGCAUCUUGCUUGAAGAACAUGGCUACUCCCCAACUGAGGUCCACAGAGAACCAUGUGAUGUAAACCUACUUAAGGAGAAUGACAAAUGGAAACAACUCUGACCAAGGGACUGCGAUACGGAACUUGACUUUUUUCCUUUCCAGCUUUGGCACUGAUUGAAAGGGACUUGCCUGAAGGAUUUUGUCUUCUUUUUAAAUGACAAGGAGGGUCUGUAGGAAUAACAGUAACAAUAAUAAAGUGCUAAUACAGUAAAUCUCAACCAGGGCCACUUUUUAAAAAGAUAACUUUUACAACACUAACCGUGGGUCUAUGUUACAGCUCUCUGCAUUUUAAGAUGGAGAUAGAUAGGCCUACAUUUUUUGUAAAAAAAAUUAGAAAAAUAAAAUAAAAAGUAAAUAAUUUUGUAUAUAUAAAUAUAUAUAACCAUUUUUAAUCCUUUUAUAAAGUAAUGAAUGUUUGUGUAUGGAUGCUGCAGCUGUGAAGCGUACAUAAAUAAAUGAAGUAAGCCAUACUGAUAUAAUUUAUUGGAUGUUCUUUUUAUCUUGAAAUUACUAGGUAGCUUAUUGAUAGCUACCAGGUUCCUGUGAUGCAUUUGAAAGAAUCAGAUUUGACUUCAAAUGUUUUUGGCUUGGGAGCAGGGGGCUAAUAAAUGGGAUCAUUUGUCUAUAAGGACAUGACUGAGAGCUGAGUGUCUUGUACACAAUCAACUUUGUUACCUGUGAAUAAUAUUUAUGCUCCCAUACAAGUAAUGUAAGUUUUCUCUUCAUAGUAGACACAACUAAGGAUGUGUUUAUUGGGAGUUGGGGGGACCCAGCUCUGGUGGAAAACCAUAGCUGCAGAAAGUAGUAGUUUUAAAAAACAGAUUGGAUGCUGUAUUGCUGGACCUAUCCCAUAUAUUUGAUGGGUGGCAAGUAAGCCUUCGUCCUUCACAUUUCUUGACAUGCCUGCCUUCUGCUGAAGUUACCAGGCAUCUCUGCACUGGCAUAAUGUUUCAACGUGUUUUCAUGCAGUAAAUAGGCCCAGAUCAUACCUGGAGUUUUUCCUGGUAUGUUAAUCUCAUAGAUAUAGGUCUAUAUAUUUUAGUUGUUAAAUGCACAGGCCCACUUUGAAUUUGCACAUUGAUGUGGGUCUCUGAUGGUGACGCUAGAGAUGGGACACACCAGGUGGGUUAGGACAGGGUCUUCUUCCUAUAUCUGCCAGGCGUUCAGGAUAUAUUUGGCAACAAAUAUUGUUUAAUCCAGCCUAAAUCUAUCUGUCUGUCAAUAACCUGUUUGUGUUUUUAAGCAUAAUUGGAAAGGGAAUAUUUCAAAUGUUCUGUGCUUUGAGCUUUAGAACAUCAUUAUGAAGAAAAAUAUUCUAGUUGUAUCAGUGCAUGUGAAGUUUGUAAGGAGAGUAGAAGAUAAUAAGGGCUAGCUCGUAGACUGACCUCUUUAUGAUAUGAAUCCAGUAUGUGUUUUUAGUACAUGUCGUAGAUGUAGCUGUGAACAGACCCUAUGCAUACUUUCACAUGUCAAGGACCUGGCUCUGAUUGGUGCAACAAGGUGAUUUUACAUGUCAUACUAAUUUUGUGUGACAAGUAUUUACUUCUGAUGGCAACCUCAAGGGAUGCAAAUGUGCAGCUACCAAACUAGGGUUCAUUUUGAUGUUGGCAGGUAUUCUGUAUGAAGUAUACACAUUCUCAUAACUUAAAGGUUCUUUUUGCCCAAUUAACUCAUUCUGUGUUAACUUGAGAUGACUUGAAAAUCAACAUAUAUUAUGUGAAGUUAUGAGAAUUCAUACAACGGUUUUGCCUUUAUGCAAUAAUUUUAUGCAAAAAGGAAUUGGGUCAUAUGAAAUAGCCAAACGUAGAUAUUUGCUUCAGGACAACAACAAAAACUAAAAGUCAGAGUCUAAGGAGAUGCAGAAACAAAACUCACUAUAUGAUUAAAAAGUGAUAAGCAAAGGGGAAAAAACACUUUGCUAUUUUGUUGGGGAAAUUGAAUAAAUCUUCCAUUUAAAAUAAAAUGCUGUUACUUGAUCAAUGGUGGUUGAGCUCACUUUACAAAGGUCUAAAGUGAAGAUAUUAAGGCAUCUUGCAAUUUGGCUGCACAGAUGUUAAUUUCAUCCUUGCAGAAAUGCACCAGUGUCUGCUUAGUUGGAACAAUUUUGGGACUAGUUUUGUGAAAUGUGAAAUCACCCUGAGAAAGACUGGACUAUACCCUUUCUUUGUGGCCUGUCUCUUACAUGAAGUGGGCAUUGUUUUGGUUUGUAAUUUCCUGCCUUUCCUACAUGGAAUAAUUUGCCACUCAGUGUAAUCUAUUUUGUAUAGCAUGUAAUUUGAAUGUUUCAUUGUUGUGAAAGAAAGUUUAGAAAUGCUGUUAACUUUUUAUAUAUUAGCUUCUGGCUCACCAAAGAAACCUUGUUUUCCUCUACUGUGACCUGUCCUGUUUAUUGCAUGUCUUCACAUUUAAGUCUAUGUAAUGUCAUGUUCUGAUGAUGAGUCAAGUAACGUAAUUGAGAACAGUAAAUACUGAAAGACCCAAAAACUUUCUUAACUUUUAAAACAUUUCUAAUAAUAACUUUUUAGCUGAUUAACCAGGGUCACUUUUUGGAUAGACUUUUAAUGAGAAAUUGAUUUGAUCACAACUGAUUAAAUACAGAUGAUUUAUGAAGCCUGUUUUAUAAUAUACUGCAUAUAUAUAUAUAGAUAUAACAAAUAUUGUGUAAAGAGAUUAUUCUCAAUAAACAGUAUAUAUACAUCA